CCCUGCAUAGUAGUGGAGUCUUGGGGAAAAGUGCAUUUUGCUCGUAAAAUGGCUAGUAUUCAAGCAGAAUCGUCUACUGAAGAACAAUGUAACAGACUCCAUAUUAGUGAUGAGCAGCUUAAGAGGCGUAUGCUGAUGGCUGUUCCAAAGAAAGGGAGGCUUUAUGAUCAGUGUAUUAGACUGCUGGAAAGAGCUGGAAUAAAGUAUCACAAGAAAACGCGCUUGGAUUUGGCCUUGUGUACAUCCCUCAACAUGGCUCUUGUCUUUCUCCCAGCUGCAGACAUCGCUCUUUAUGUCAGUCAAGGAAGAAUUGACUUGGGGAUCACAGGACAGGAUGUUGUGGCAGAAAGUGGAGGAGAAGUUCAUGAACUUUUGAAGCUUGGUUUUGGCAAGUGUAAACUUGCAGUGCAGGCAACCACUACGUCAAGCAUUACAAGUGCAGAGGAACUUGUUGGUAUGAACAUCCAUUAUUCACUUGGAAACAAUUUGUUAUUAAUAGGACUUAAGUUAAACUAGUGCUUGUUUAGGAUUCACACAAUGAACACCCCAUUUUGAGAAGCUCACAUGUAUUUACUUGAUUGACAGUUUACACGUAUAGGAACCAGAAACUACUGAAAGUACCGGAAGUAUGUUUAUCUUGUAACAGUGUUGAGCUGAAAAUAAUAAUUAUCUGUUUUCAGUAACAUUUUUCAUUGAGAUUGUAAACAGUCUCCUUCUUGCAAAGAUCUUUAAUACAUGCUGUGAAUUAUAAUGU